AUGAGUGAAUACGAGGCAGUUGCAAAACGUAAAAAGAAAUUAAAAACACAAAAAACUAAAACAAAACAGCGGCAACAACAGCAGCAGCCGCCACAAAAAAAUAAACGAAAAAUCCAAUUAACCCAAGAAUUUGAGAAAAAUGAAAAAGAGGUAAUGACACUGCUGGAGAACACUAGUUUAUUCAGUGAGUCCAGCAAUAAUAGCCAACACGAUGAGGAUAAUAAAUCACCGAGUGAAAUAUUUUUUUGUGGCCUCAACGUAGAACAGCAGGAUAAUGGUGAUACAGCAAGGAGCACAACGACAGCUUAUUCCAUACAAGAAAUUAACAGUGAAGAGUCAGAAAAUGAAAGAAGACUGUCAAAAGAGUCAUUAGAUGAUGUGUCCACCACAACUAGAAGUAUACAGCCUACAUUGGCCUCCACAUUUAUACAAAUAGAACCGGAUGACCGUCACAGUUUAGUGAGAAUAGAAAGUUUACCAUUUCUAAAACAACAAGAGGAGUUUAUUUACCUACCACAACUAGACUUACAAACUAGUUUAGGUUCUUUCACUUUGGAAAGGAAAUUGGACAAAAAUACUAUUUUACUAAUAAAUCGUUUUCUCAUGGAAUUUAAAGCACGCAAAGAGAAAGUGGACAAAACAGUUGUAAACAUAAUAAUAAAGAAUUUCCAAACAUAUCAAAAUUACUUUAAAGAUGAAGUUCUUUACAAGACCAUUUGUGAGUUUAAAUUUAAACCCAUUUUUAUGGAACCUUCUCUGGACGGUUUAGCCAUACCCUCUAAGAAACUUUUAACUUUACAUUUGAAGGAUUUGCGUUUCACCGAACAUCCUUUGCUGCAAGAAGAACAUCGUUUGGCCAAUAACUUGGAACUUUUAUACGAACAUCGCCAACAACGUUUACAGGAGAAAAUAACGGAAAAGUUAUAUGCCGAUAUACAAAUCGAGCGGAAUAUUUUAAACGAACUGUUGUCCUCAGCAGAAAAUAACUCACGUAAUGAUAAAACCUCCAACAAAGAGAAAAAAGCUUUAAAAAUUGAACAUCAUCUGUAUAAAGUGAAAGCUUUACGUGAAAAACUUUACGAUGAGGAACUCAUGAAUAAACAACUUUUGCAAGAAAUUUUGAAUAGUUGGAUCAAGCUGAAAAAUCUAAGACAACAACAAGAGCAUCAAUUCACCAGACUAAAGUUACGCAUCAAAAUAGAAGACUUAACUUUAGCGGAAAGUAAGAUACGCCAACGUUUAUGGACUCAACGUUUUGAUGCAGAUCUUAAUGAAAUCUAUCGCGAACAUUUGGAGGAGUAUUAUCGUAAUAAACGCUUAAGGCAGCAACAUAAAGCGGAAGGUGGAAUAUAUAUAUCUAGGCCACGUAAACCAGAUAUAGGUUUAUUGUCUUCAGAGUUGAGAGAAAAAUAUAAUAAAUGUUUCCUUAAUCCUAAGGAACCUCGUGUAGAGGUUGUUCGUAUUUUUGCUAAUAAUAAUGAUUUUGUCGAUUUGCCAGGGCCUCGAAAAUUACAAAGUUUUAUGCGCAUAUUUUUUGAUCGACAGAUGGUGGGCGAAACUAGAGUUUAUCGUUUGGAAAGAGAUUUGAGCGUUGCAAUCAACGAGAAGUUGGGCAUCAUGUUGAAUAGAAGGCUUCCGAAGGAUAUAAGAAUUAAGCUUUAUAAAAAAUCGAAAAUAUCUUCGGCUCAAAAAAUUGCAAAUAUCAUUGUACCGCUGCCUCUAACCUCCCAUAUCGAAACAGAACCACGUACUAUAACCAUAACUUUUUCUUCACAUACACCUAUAUCUGGUUAUUUAAGGCUUAUUCUAGAAACUGAUGAACAAUUCUAUCCUAAUGAAAUAGUCAAUAAACUAUUUCCGGGACCUCAACAACAUACAACAAUACCCAAAAAUCUGUUGAAGGAAUGGUAUGAUAGAAAACUUCUUACUACGCCUGAAACCCCCGGAACUAGCUUAUUACCUGAGAAUGCUAGCAGUGAUACCGAAGAUGAUACUGAGAAAUUAGAGGCUAUAACUUGUAAUACCUGUACCUUCCAGGAAGACCUUUUACGAUUUUGUGAUCCUAUUGAAUUAGAGAAUAAUCCCCGAUUAAAACUUUUACAUUCACGAUAUUUGAAAAAUGAUGCUAGAACUAGAGAUUUAAAAUUUAUACCAAUGCUAGAUCAUGAGCUGGAAUUUGAAUGGGAAUCGCAGGAAUCGGUUAUAGAUCCGGGUAACUGGAUGGAUCCCAUAGAUUUGCAUAAACACGAGGGUAAGAAAUAUUUACGCGCUCUUUAUGCAGCCAUACAAAAUCAAUGCAACCGCUUGACGAAAGUUGUGGAAAGCCGAGAAAAUUUGCUGCUGAAUGAUGAGCCCAUUAGUUGGGCUGCCGUCUUUCAAACUAUUAAAUUAAUAUUCCAGCCUAGACUUAAUUUACAGGCGGAUAAGAAUCUGUCUUUGUGCUCCACAAGUCCUAGCCUAUCUCUGGAAUAUGCUCAACAUUUUAAAAUUAUUUGUAAUGUAAUAAGAGCUACGGGUAUACCGGUGAGAAUAACAAAUCCCGAUGAUGCGGAGAGUAAGGGCAGGAGUACACCAGAGUCUUCAAAUGUAUUUGUAUUACAGAAUUUAAAAUAUUCCAAUGUACGUCCAUUUAUAGCUGUGAGUUAUAAGGAUAAAUUUGGUCGCACCAUGACAGCAGAAGGAUCAAAUCCUACCUGGAAUGAACAGCUAAUUUUACAGUUGAGUGGCAGUUUAUCUGAUCUACAUGAUGAUCUAAGAAUAUCUCUUUACGAUGAGGUGGUAGAAAAUCAAAUGAACGAUGACCCAGCCAUUAAAAACAUGGAUAUAUAUCAGAGAAUACAAAACAAUUGGUUGGGGGAAUAUCGCAUACCCAUCAAUGCUAUACUAACGCAACAAAAGAUGGAUGGUGUUUUCGAAUUGAACACGCCCAAAAUUCUUAUCGGUUAUAAAAGACCUUCUCUCGAAAAUAUUACAACAAAUGCUGAAACUAAUAUAAUGAUAGAACAAUUUCCAGAAAUUAAGGAAUCUAUAAGAUUAUGGUGUUUCAUAAGUUUGGAACCUAUAUUUGAAUUGCCUACGAUAAAUACAAAAUGUUUGGAAUGUUCAGAGUUAAUUGAGGUGCGACAACAUCUUAGUAAUUGGAGUUUGCAAGCCUUAGAAAUGCAGUCACAAAAAUUUAUGGAACCUUUAGUAUGCAGUGCAGAGGGUAAACGUUUAUGUGUUACAAGAGUUUUACAAGCUAUAGCUCCACCUAUAGAAGCUAGUGAGAAUUUGUUGGACAGUGCUUGCAGAUUUGUUUCACUUUUAGUGACACCAAAGUUUUAUGAUCCUUGUAUGAGAUUUUCGGGAGUGUGGCUAAAUAAUCAGUUACUCUUAGACACCACAUGGGGUUCCCCCAAGGAUUUGGGUGUUUUACUUUGCAACUAUUUAUUAUAUAUGGGUCUUCAAAGCUUCUUAGUUUUAGGCAUAGCGUAUCCUUAUGGUGAAUGUUCAUUUGUUUGUUACACUAGCGACGAAGGUGAAAUGUUUUUUAUAGAUCCUUGCACGGGCAAACGUUAUGCUUUAAAGGAUGUCUUCUGUCCUCUGCAAUCUAUAAAAAUGGUGGUAACGCCAAAUAAUUUCUUCUUAAAUAUUCAAACCGAAUCACGUGUCUCCAUGAUGAAUUUCAAUUUGAAUGAUAGCUCUUGUUGGCUGCCCGGUUUUACUAAGAAAAAUCCUGCUCCUUUGGGAGGUUUUCAGUCGCUGGAGUAUAAAUAUCGUUUGUCUUAUAAUGUCUCGGAGUUGAAAUAUAAUAUUGAGAGAAAAAUUAUGAAAAAGAUUAGUGCCUGGCGCACUAUGCGUAAGACAAUAUGGAAUAGAGCUUUUCAACCACGCUUACAAUCAAUUUUACAAAGUAUGGAGCAAAGUGUAACCUUUGGCUCAGGAUCUUCCUAUGAAGAAUUGAAAUACAAUAAUAUGUUAGCUGCGGAAUUUCCAAACUAUAAG